AUUUCCCGCGCGUUUGUCGAGUGCAUUUUGAAAGUAGACACGGCCGGAUAACGGUGAACUACGGUUGACCCAUAUCGACCAUUGUUACGGGACUCUUUUAAGUCCUACGUACGGUAUAUAAACUUUUAUCAAUGGACAGUAGCUUACGAGUUUGCCUAGACAAACAGAUUGGAAGAAAAAGGCUACGACGUCCACGUGGUUUGGUGUUGUUGACGCACUUUUACUUUGUUUCACAUAUGGUGUAGUUCUAGUUUAAUAAUCGAAUUUGUCGUUGAAGAACUGUGUGAAAUUGUGCUCCUAUUUUAGAAGCUUGAAUAUUUGUUCAACAUUCCAGAUUUUCUAGACUUUCCAGAUGCCGAAACAGAAGCAAUCGUACGAUGUUGUCAAUGACAAGGACGGUAUCCCUGCAGCUCCAAAACCCGAUGAGCAGUCCGACUCCGAGGGCAUAUCAUUAAAACCAAAAAUAACAUUAUUAAAUGGAAUCACUGUUAUUGUUGGAAGCAUUAUAGGGUCUGGGAUAUUCGUCAGCCCUAAAGGAGUUAUUGAAAACUGUGGCAGUGUUGGCUUAUCUCUUAUAAUUUGGUUGUUAUCUGGACUGUAUUCUAUGGUUGGAGCCCAUUGUUAUUCUGAACUGGGUACAGCAAUUGUCAAAUCUGGGGCAGACUAUGCCUAUAUUUUCGUAACUUUUGGACCAGUUUUAGCUUUUUUGCGGAUAUGGGUGGAGUGUGUUGUCGUACGUCCAUGUACGUUAACGAUUGUAGCUCUGACGUUUGCCUACUAUGUUAUUGAACCAUUGUUUCCCGACUGUAGUCAGCCUGAUGAUGCUGUCAGAAUAUUAGCAGCAUUAUGUAUCAUGGUGCUGACUUUCGUCAAUGCUUAUGAUGUUAAAUUAUCCACAAGAGUUCAAGAUCUUUUUACAUACGCUAAAGUGUUGGCUCUCAUUCUCAUUAUUAUCACUGGAUUCGUUCAACUUGGACGAGGUCAAUAUGAAGCUUUCCUCAACCCCUUCGAACAUACAGAACCUGAUAUCGGUAAAAUAUCUCUCGCAUUCUACUCCGGUCUCUUCGCCUAUAACGGAUGGAAUUACCUAAAUUUUGUAAUUGAAGAAUUGAAAGAUCCUUACAAGAAUUUGCCAAAAGCUAUCUGGAUCUCUAUCACCAUGGUUACAGUAAUCUAUGUUUUAACUAAUGUCGCAUAUUUUACUACAGUAGAAAGGAAAGAAAUCUUAGGUGGUGCUGCUGUCGCUGUCAUGUUCUCUAAACGACUCUACAGUUUCAUGUGGUGGAUUAUGCCAAUCUUUGUAGCUCUCUCUACAUUUGGAGGUGUAAAUGGUAUCCUGUUCACUACAUCUAGGUUGUUCUAUGUAGGAGGUCGUGAAGGUCACAUGCCACAGAUUUUAAGUAUGGUAUCCAUACAGAGAUUAACACCCAUGCCGGCUGUCAUGUUUAUGGGUGCUUUGUCCAUGAUGUAUCUGUUUUCAUCAGAUAUUUACGCUUUGAUUAAUUACGUAGGUUUCGCUACGUGGUUGUCAAUCGGCAUGUCAAUCGUUGCCCUUCUAGUCUUACGUAAAACUCAACCCAAUCUAAACAGACCAAUCAAGGUCCAUCUAUUCUGGCCUAUAUUAUACACUCUAGUAACAGUAUAUUUAGUCGUGCUACCUCUAUAUGCUAGCCCUGUUGAAACAGGUAUUGGUUGUUUAAUCAUCGCCACUGGUAUACCCGUAUAUAUCAUAUUUAUAGCCUGGAAAGAUAAACCCAAGUUUAUUUACAGAUAUAUGGAUGCCAUGACCAGAACUCUUCAGAAAUUCCUCAUGGUGGUUCCAGAAGAAAAGAAAGAAGUUUGAAGAUAAGAUGAAAGUCUUAAAAAGAAUUUUAAAAAAAAAACGGUGAAAAAGAAUUAAAAAAAAAAAUGGUGGUAAUUGACACAAAAAAAUACAACUUAUAGAUAUGCUCUGGACAUAUGGCAGCUGCAAAAAUAACUUUCUAAAUCAAUCAGGCAAAUUAAUAAACUUAGUCAGGCUUUGCUUGCCAAAUGUAUGCGUACAUUUUUAUUUUAUUUGAAUAACAUGAUCAUUGUAAUCAGUUAGAGAUAACAACCCAACAUGAAGAUGCAUUUUGUAAAGUCUAGCUCACAGCCCGCCGUUCGUUUUUUGACACACCUGGGUUUAAGUGGUUGGUAACUCGAACGACGAAAAAUCUCUACUGCCAGUCUGUGAUCUUCUGUGGUGCCGAACACACACAAAUGACGUGUAAGUCUCACCCACAGGUUUACUAAAAUUUCCCUCGUAUACUGCCCGUGGGUUGUGAGCUAGGCUUUGGAGCUAAAUCUGCCUUUUGCAGGUCUUUUUCGUGGCUUCAAAUGUUAUAUAAAUUAUUAUUUAGACAUUUAUUCACAUGACAAGUCUAUAAUCAACUGUCUAGUCAUCGGAUGGUCGAGAUUUAAAUGGAUUUGAACACCUGCAAGAUUUAAAAAGUUUAAUGAUAAAAUGGAUAAUAGUUUUUCAAGUACCAUUGCUACGAUAAUAAAUAACCUACGCUACAUCUUCAAACAGUCAUAACUUCACCUAGAAAAAAGCAUUUUGAUUGAAAUUUACAAUAUAUUCAAAUUGCAUUAUCUAUUAUAGCAAGAACGACCAGUUCUUUAUCUAAAUCUUACAUAAUGUAUCUUUAGAUACAUAUUUAAAAUUAAAGGUGCAUUUAUUUUUCAUUUAAAUGUAUUUUUAUGGCUAAUUAAGCUUAGUCAGGGUUUGCUUAUCAAUUUUAGGCUGGCAUUUUAAACAAUAUAUUUAUUUUAUUUUGAAAAUGUGAUCACUGUUAUUGGUUAAAGUAGAUGCUAAAAUUUAAAAUGAAAAUUGAUUAAUUCUUUUUUACGUAAAAUGUGUUGCGUUGUUUUAAAUAAAAAUUUGUUUUAAAAUAUAUCGAUAAAGAAUACAAAUAAUGGUUGUGUGGAAAUUGGUUCCAAUUGCUUUUUAUAAAUAAAUAUUUUAUUUGUAUGUUUUAAUUUAGAAGAUAUGCUGCCAAAUUCACUGGGCAUUGUUAUAAGGAAGAACAUAUUAAAAUUGUAUUAAAUGUUUUAGAAUUCUACAUUAAGCUAUUUUUGAAUUCUUCAUUAAGCUAUUCUUUGAAUGGCAUUUAGUAAUUGGAACAUAAUCAAAAACACACUUUUAUGGAUAACAAUUACUAUGGUUUAUUUCACUGCGACGUUUCAACAAGGUUUCACAAGUCGUUAUCAAGCAUAUACCCUUGUAUAUAUGCUUGAUAACGACUUGUGAAACCUUGUUGAAACGUCGCAGUGAAAUAAACCAUAGUAAUUGUUAUCCAUAAAAGUGUGUUUUUGAUCUUCAUUAAGCUCUUUAAGAAUUCUACAUUAACCCUUUAGCAUUUCAAGAACUUGAAAAUGCCCGAAACUACUUCUCCAUGUAGAACCUGAAACUGUCUGAAUAUGUGAACUCUUAAGGGAAUGUUUACAGUUCUUUGACUUAGGGGAGCCACAGUGGCUCAGUGAGUAAGAUGUUGGCUUGCUAACCUGGAGAUCUUGUGUUCGAUCCCUGCAUUGACCGGGAAAGUUCUGCAUUGGGAUUUUCCGGCGUGUUUCCCGUAAGUCAGUGGUGCAGGACAAGACAUGAUAAGGGACCAUGUAUAGUCCUUCAGAUGGGAAGAAAAACCAAGGUCCUGAUACACAUCGACCUACACAUAAAAACACCCUUGACGCUGCUGUCCGAUGAAACUUUCCCUCAUAGCACGCUGCAUGGUGUAUGCCCGUCUUCAUUAGCUCAGUCGGAGCAGAACAGUAGGACAUUAAACUCCCUUUCAUUUCUUUGAUUCAGACAAUUUAAGCAUUCUACAGAGUAUUGGGCGGGUUUCAAAAAUCAGCUCCAAAAACUCCAUGUAAAAUAACAUCACUUUGCAUGACUUAACCCUAAUUAUUUCAGGGAACCGGGGUAGUUGAUAUUGAUAUAUGUACCGGGAGCUAAAGGGUUGACUUGGUUUUAAAGCUACACUAAUCUAACAGACAGAUAGUGUUUAGAAAGAUUUAUAAGAUGGUUGGUCUUACAAGACAUAACCACAAACUGGGAGACUUGGAUGUAAUUCCAUUGGUUCUUAUUCCUUAUAAUCCUUUUAUACUAUUAUACGUAUCCUAAUAACUAUAUUCUAUGCAGAGUCAUAUAUAUAUAUAGAGAGAGAGAAAUGGGGUUUAAAGUCAACUCAAUACAAACUAGGUCAUUUCGGGACAAACAUGGUACAAUUUGAUUUCAAAAAUAUGCUAGUAAUUAGAGGAAACUUGAGGACCUGGAGGUUGGGCGGGCAAGCUUACAUGUAUGGAAUCGUAGCCAUUUGACUCAAUAUGUAUAUAUGGCUCUGCCCAAAUGUUGAAAUGAUUUUGACAAACAUUGUUUUUAAACCUAAAUUAUUUUUUUUAAGGUAAGAGUUUAUAUUUUGAUUUUUGAUUUGCGGAGGUUUUCAUCUUUUAGUCAUCUUGUGUAUAGACAUUUUCAUUUUUGAAUCGUUUCAUAUUUAGAGAGAGAUAGGUGGCAUCAUGACAUGGGCAACAUUUCAUGUCUAAAAUUGUGUUCAAAUUGUAUUAUAUUCUGUUGUUGGGAGUUAUCUCCCUGUAUCUUCUAGGUCCUAUCCUAGUUAAAUGUUCCCUGUUGUAGGUCUAAUCUAGAUCCUAUCCUAGUGGAGUGUUCCCUACUCUGGGUCUGGGUCUAAUCUAGAUCCUAUCUUACUUAAAUGUUCCCUGUUCUAGGUCUAAUCUAGAUCCUAUCCUAGUUGGAUGUUCUAGGUCUAAUCUUACCUAGACCCUAUCCUAGUCUGUAGGGAUAAACAUUAGCACCCUUGUAAAUUAUUGUAGGACCAGUGCCAAAUUUCAUUCUACAGAAAUAAAACUUUGAUAUCAAUAAGUUUGGUACAUGUAUCAAGGAAUUUAUUCAUAUUCCAGAAAUUAUUCGUUUUCAUUUAGUUUAUUACUUAUGUUAUCUGGCGCUGGUCUUUAAAGGCUUGAUCUGUCAUUUAGUGCUACAAGAAUCCCUUGCAAACUACAAUACUGUAAAAGUUUAAUCUAUAAUGGGAAUAUCAGUCAAAAAAUGGUUCAAUUAGGUUCAGUAUUUACAAAGUUAUGAUAAAUUGAAAUUUCAUUGAUCUAUGCUGCUCACUAUUAGCUGCCAUCUUUUAUUGGUAGGGAGAACCUGAUGAGUCUGGUUUAAAUCGAAUUGAAUCCAAGUCAGGAGAUUAUCUAGCGUUUUCUUAAUUAAAUGUUACAAAAUCAAUCUGAAUACAUAUUAACGUGAAUAAAGUCGUGAGAAAUUUGAUAUUUUAGUGAAAAUGCAAAUGACACGCCAAGCCUUUAAAUAACCUUGUAUAUUG